AUGCCCGCCACACGGAAUGCACGCAAGAAAAAUAAAUUUGAACCAUCUUCAAGUCAAGCCUCCAGGAAACAGCCUCACAAGCGCGUCAACUUGCAGGUACGACCUGGCGAGAAAGUCCAUGAUAAACAAGUUGCUAUGUCCGCGGAUGAUGCCUACAAGUUAUCAAAGCUGGCUGACGCACAGACCCCUAUAUCGCCAGUACCGGUGACGCAGCUGACUCCUUUAACAUCUUCUUCUUCUUCGUCUCCUUCCAUGGCACCUACAGCAAAGCCUUUGAAAGGCCGUAAGAGAUUCAGUGCUGAUCUCCACGAGCUGCAUACGAGCUGCCCAUCUGACCUUGAUUGGGGAACAUGGUCUGCGCAAAGUUUCAGAGCAGGAGAUGAUGAUGGCUCGGUAGAGUUUGACCUCAUAGAAUCUAGAGAUCGGACAAGGAUAGUGAUGCAUCUCCUAUGUUCAGAUACUUCCGAGUACCCCAACACUCACUCAUUCUUCUGCCAUUCACCAGAACCUGGGAGUUAUGGGGAGCAGGUGAAGGAGAUUUGUGACGGGGGUACUCAACGACAGUCCCACGAAGAUGACCACAAUUAUGAUAUGACCGUAGAUGAGGACCUGAGUGCGUUCACCAGACCAGAGAUCUGUCGCUCAGUCUUGCGCAGAGACUUCGAAGGCACUUAUGCAGCCGGUUAUAACCCAGGAGCCAUUUGGAGUGGCAGCAGCGAGUUCUUCUUGACAAUCUCUGUCCCUGUGGUGGAAUUAACUGAUAAAAUUCCCGCUCACGUCCUAAUGUCUUGGGAUAGCCAAUUCCUACGUCCUCGCCAGCAUCUCGUGCUCGUCAUCUCUGGUUUCUGGGGUGUCUACCCGCCUGUUCAGAGUGAUGGGACACUCUCCCCUGCUGCAAUCCAUUCUUCCACUUCGUUGAAAUUCUACGUCGGCCUUUCUCGACAGUACAAGCCGUCAAAAGAACACGUUGUCGCUUCGCUCCGCCGAUACGGUCUCCAGUCCGACCAGCAGAACGGGGCCGAAGAUGGAGUGGACGAAGAGUACAUCGAUGUUGACAAGGAGUCCGAAAUGGGGUCGGCAGAGGAUGACAGCACCUUUGACAAAUUUAGUUUGAGCAGCUCGCUUGAAUCGUUACUUGAUGAGCACUUUCUUCAACUACUCCGAGUUCGACGACAGUUCAAACUUGGAUGGGCCGCAGCUGAAGAACUGCACUGGAGAUCGCAGGAACUUCAGACAUCGCACGUAAUUCUUGUCAAGGAGAUGCAGGAGGAACUUCGUCAAGCUGAGGAGGAGGAGCGACGUCUGGCUGGCUCUCGCUACUUACCGCAUGAUCCCUUGGAAACCCAAGAUGGUCACAUCAACUUACUCGAGACUGCUUUUGCGUACCUUCUCCGUCGAUUCACACUAUGCAAUCGUUAUUGUGUCGUUUGUCACAAGAAACUCGAUACCGUGUUCGAGGCGCUAAAGCCUUAUGUUUGCAACUCUGGUUUGUGUGCAUACCAAUACUAUAGCCUCAACUUUGGGCCCUCCCUAGAGUAUGAUAUAUGCAAGAAUACCGAGAUGGUAGAUCUCCUGGUUUCCCUCGCUUAUGUUGCUGCCGCAGAACAAGUUCUCGAUGAGCCCCUUCCGCGUGGCUUAUUAUUGAAGGUUCCAGACCCCGUCUAUCAAAAUCCCAUGCGUGACUUCGAUAGCUUGGCUGUCAACGAAAUGCGUACUGCAAUCGUGCAACUCAUCAACACACUGCCUCCGAUUCGGGACAUGAAGAAACACCUUGAAAAGAAAGUCGUCGUAGGGACUAACAAGCCGAAGUUGAAGGACAUGGACCCCAGUAUCUUGCCCGCCGCAUGGUCCAUCUUGCGUUGGUGUGUUGCCUCUUGCACGGCACACCUACAAGAGUUAACUGAAGAGGAAGAUCAAGUGCAGAACAUAGGCUCGCAGUGGCGACAAUUCCGCUUCAUGGUCGGUGCCCCUGAUAAAGAAGCGAAGUUCAAAUAUGCCUUGGAACAGGAAACAUGUGGAGAUUCUAAUGCGAAGAAUUACCCCACUCUCUAUGCUUUCCAUGGGUCACCCUUGAGGAACUGGCAUUCCAUCAUACGGCACGGACUGUGGUAUAAGACCGUAGCAAAUGGUCGUGUCUACUUCGCCAAAGACGGCGUGAUCUCGAUGGGAUCCUAUGCUACGGGCGGCUUGCAGUCUUGGAAGAAUAGCACGAUCGCCCCUUCAGCCUGCGUAGCUCUCGCGGAGAUCAUCAAUCUCCCGCAAAAAUUUACCUCAUAUAACCCGUAUUACGUGGUCAAGCAAACGGAAUGGAUUAUGUGUCGAUACUUGCUAGUCAACACAUUCGAUAACUUACACUCUAAUAGUAUGUUUACCAGCAUCGAUACCACCACCCCCACCCCCACCAAGCCAAAGGUCCGAAAUGUUCCUUUUAUCAAACACGAUCCAAAUCGUCGUCCCCUACUCUCGAAUGCCCAAGUUGAGAUCCCACAGCCUUCUUACAAGCUUGAGAAACUUCUCGGACUUUGCCAGGACGCAUAUGUCCCUCUUAACCUCGAUGAGGAUGACAGUGCUGUGUUUAACGCACCCGAUGAAGAGGAAGUGAAGCCGAAGAGCAUCGGAACACACGUCAACGGAAAACCAAAGCAGGAUUGGGUACAUGAUGCGAGUUGGGUGGAGAAGAAUAUCAACCUCUUGUUGCCUCCGCCUGCUGAUUCGACCCCGGGAGCGACGAUGGCGCUACAGAAAGAGUUCAGGGCGAUGAUGAAAGAACAGGGGGGCGCGGAGUCACUUGCUACACUGGGAUGGUACAUGCCUCCCGAGUUCAACGAGAACUUGUUCCAGUGGGUGGUGGAGAUGCAUUCGUUUGAUCCUGAUCUGCCUAUUGCGAAGGAUUUGAAGUCAAAGGGUGUCAAUUCGCUUGUUUUCGAGAUACGUUUCCCGUCGACGUUCCCUCAUUCUCCUCCGUUCUUCCGCCUUGUAAUGCCUCGAUUCCUUCCUUUCAUGCAGGGCGGAGGUGGUCACAUCACCGUUGGGGGAUCUAUUUGUAUGGAUCUUCUAACUUCAGCUGGAUGGCUUCCAAGUUACAAUAUCGCUUCCGUACUCUUACAAAUCAAGCUCGCCAUCUCGAGCACCGACCCCAAACCUGCGCGGCUAGACCAAAAUUGGGAGCAACCGUAUCAUCCACAGGAGGCGUUGUCAGGGUAUACGAGGGCAGCAGCUAUCCAUGGUUGGAAGGUCGCAAAUCCGAGGGAAAUGGAAAGACUUGUCACCCAGGGUUGAAAUGGUCGUUGCAUGGAUGUGUGUGAUCUUGGGACAUUGUAUUGGAAAUUGUGAAUGUACCGAGCUACCUUUGCCUCCCCCUGAGGAUCCGAGCCUAGGACGUUAUGUAUAGCCUGAAAAUUUAGGGCGAUGAUGACUCGAAGAGGAC